CACCCAACAACUAGGUAAGACACACAGCUCACCCAACAACUAGGUAAGACACAAAGAGGUAAGACACAAAGAUCACCAUGUCUCUCUGCCACCACCAUAGCGCAGUUGCUACACCAUGCCCCCAAUGCUUGAACUCCCGAAGCAUCCAUGACACUAUUGCCGUGCACUCGCCCUCCUCGACAGCCAUCCUCGGCACCGUCGCAUCGCAGCUGUCCUAUGUCCUCGCUUCCCCCAACAGUCCGCACGGGGCCGCAAUCGAUCGGUCCCUAGCCGAAGGAGCCCUCAGCAAGUUUGGCGCCUGCUGCAUCGACGCUGCGGCGCGAGAGGCCGGGCCGUCCAUCCUGUCCUCGCUUGAGACCAUUCUUCUCCGCGACCAGGCGUCUCGGGCCGAGGAGAGAGGCCGGGCCGAGAAAGCGAGCCUGGAGCAUGCCCGCCUCGUCGCCGAGAAGGUCGCCGAGGAGACGGCCUCGCGAGUCGCCCCAAGGAUCGGCCAGCUGCUGGCGCCCAGCAUCGAGCUCUUGACUCGCCAGGCUGCUGCCGCCGCCGGCAGUGGGGAAUCAGAGGACAAGACGGAGCCGCGCAAGGCGACCCAAGAAGCCACGGUCUGGGGCCUGUUCUCCGUCUUGCGGGCCCUCGGCUCUGCACAGCCCUUCUCGCUCGUGCCCUUCACCGGCGCGGAGCACAAGCAACUCUCGAGCCUCGCAGCCGUCAACGAGGUGCUGGGCAGGAUGGUCUACCAGCGCGGGUCCCCGGCACUAGGCCCGCUUGAGACGCGAAUUUAAAUUAAAUUCCCCUUCCCAACUUCCCCUUUCUUUUCUCC